AUGAAAGAGGGGCUGCUGGCUACUCAGGACUACAGUUGGUGCGGACUGCCUCCUGUGGAUCGUGGAUCUAGAUCUCCAGCGCACUUGCUCACCUCCCGCGAGGUCGUGACGCAGGGCAGCCAGAUGCGGGGCAUCACGGCCAAGGGUGGGUGCAGAGCCUGCCUAUUGGCUGCUCUGCUCUGGCUCAACAUCCUGCCCCAGCAUGCUCAGACCACGGAACCUGCCAGCACCACCAGCGCUAUAAAUACAACGACCACCCAGACCACGAGUACUACUCCAUCCCUGUCUGAGAUAUGUGGCAGGACCAACUUCCAAGGGAAGAUCUUUGGUGGUCAGAUGGCAAAGCCCGAGCGGUGGCCAUGGCAGGCCAGUCUGCUCUUAUAUGGCAGUCAUAUCUGUGGAGCAGUUCUCAUCGACAAAAACUGGGUAGUCGGCGCUGCCCACUGCUUCCAAAGGUCUCUCAACCCUCGUGACUACCGGGUCAGGCUAGGCUACACCAAGAUGAGCAGCCCCACCAAGUACAGCAGGGAGAUGUCAGUGUACAAGAUCAUCAUCCACAAAGACUACAACAAGUUUCACCGCCAGGGGAGUGACAUAGCCAUGAUGCAGCUGAGGUCCCCCGUGGAGUACAGCUCCCACAUCCUCCCGGCCUGUGUCCCAGACGAGAACACAAAGUUUGCCCCCAACAAGGCCUGCUGGGCAAGUGGCUGGGGGCAUCUCAGAGAGGAUGUGCGCCUACCUUUACCCGAUAACCUCUAUGAAGCUGAGCUCAUCCUCAUGGACAAUGAAAUAUGUAAAGAUUUCUUCCCAAAGCCAUCACCUGGCGACACUAAUAGCUACUACAUAUAUGACGACAUGGUGUGUGCGGCUGACUACAAGAUGACAAAAUCCAUAUGUGCAGGAGACUCUGGAGGCCCCUUCGUCUGCUUACGGGAUGGUUCCUGGUACGUGGUGGGGCUGACCAGCUGGAGCUUACCGUGUGAAACCCCAAUCUCCAGCCCCAGUGUCUUCGCCCGGGUCUCCUACUUCGACAAGUGGAUUAAAGAACACAAGAAAGCAUCGCCAGAUCCAAAGCCACAGGAGCCUGACAGGCCCCCUCACCGUCCAAGACCCCCUUAUAUACCAUUCCCCCCUAGCUGGAACAGUGACAAAGACCAAGGCACCUUCAUUAAACCAGUGCCCUGCAUGGCCCUUCUGUCUUCUCGGGUUCUCCUCCUACAGUUGAUUUUGUUCCAGGACCUGUGA